GUUGGCUCACGUGAGACGGCAGCGUUUUUAUCUGCCGUCUCGCUGCGUCCAAGCUGUCAGUGGGUAACGCACGCCCGGAGCAGUCGCAUCGAAUAUCAUCAUUUCCAGAUAAGUACCUGAGUGAUCCGUCGAUAUGUCUGGGAAUGCGGACUGGAAAUCAGCCUCCACCAUCUACGACUUCACGGCGAGAGACAUCAAGGGCGAGGAGGUGUCCCUGGAGAAGUACCGAGGACACGUCUGCAUCAUCGUCAAUGUCGCCUCCAAGUGCGGCCUCACUGCCACCAACUACAAAGAAUUGGAGGAUCUGAAGAAGGCCUAUGGGGAGAGUCAGGGCCUGCGCAUCCUGGCGUUCCCCUGCAACCAGUUCAACGGCCAGGAGCCGGGAGACAGCGAGCAGAUAGCCUGCUUCGCCCUCAGGACCAUGGGUGCCACUUUUGACCUCUUCGAGAAGGUUGACGUCAAUGGCGAUGAUGCGCACCCCCUGUGGAAGUUCCUGAAGAAGAAACAACCUGGAACACUGGGCAACGCUAUAAAGUGGAAUUACACCAAGUUCGUCGUGGAUCGGAACGGGAUACCCGUGGAAAGAUUCGCUCCUACCACCGAGCCCAAGAAGAUGGAAUCCACACUGAAAAAAUACUUCUAAGGCGGGAAUCCCGCCUGCACUGCUGAAAAGAAACUUCUUUUUCAUUAUCCAGAACCAGUAUUGUUAUAGUAUUUAAGUAAACGUGUUGCAUUUCAUUUACUAACUUCAUCGUAUUCAGUUUCGUACUGGUUCGUACCCCAGAGGCGUUAUGCCUGUACUCACCCGAAUAAGCAAUGUUUUACCUCUCUUGGCCCUUCGUGUAGUGGAAGGGAAGGAGUUUGUACCUCGCAGUCGUAUGUUAGGCGAAGGUGAGAGGGAGAGAUUCCUUCUUAUCAUGACAGGGGUAUUGGUAGAAAGUACGAAGGUAGAAGGAAGAGCUCUUUCUCGGAAUUAUGGGAUCAGUUUAGCGGGUAUUAGUCAUGUAUGUAUGUAUGUAUAAUGCUUAACAUUUAGUAGAAAAUCAUAGAGAACGGGGGAGGCUUUCAGUUUUUACCAUCUGUUCUACUCAUUGGAGCCAAAAUCUUUGAGAUACAGUUUUCUCCGGGUACCAUCAGAAAAAAUACAGGAUUCGCUAUUCAUAGCACAUAAACGCAAAGCCAGAUGUCUGUGCACGCUCCGUAAUUUGCGUAAGUCCAUAGGCUAAGAUAUGCUUCCUGCUGUAACUCUGCUCGAGUCUCUGAUAUCAUACUGCUGUCCACUAAUAAUCCCCGUAAUCAAUACUGAGUCUGUUUUAAUUUUUUUUUUUAAAUUCAGGGUAGAUCCUUUGCACCCAUUGGCUGAUGCGGGAUUUGGCACCUUAAGCGUGACGUGAAACUUCUAAUGACGUGAUAAGGCCUCGAAAAUUUCUUCGUUGUCCGUCUUGUAAGCAAUUCUCUGUUGCAUACGGCUAGCUAUGCCGGUGGCUGCAUGAGAAUUCCCUUGUCGCAAUGCCUGUUACAAGUUAGCUCCGAUGUAACAAACCACUUCACAUCUGCGAUGAGUAAACGCUACUGGUAACCACAUGAUACUAGCAUAGUUGAGAGAGUCAAUGAAUCGAAAGAUAUUCGCUUGUGUUAAUAUUCUUCGUGGCACACAUUAAUGUAUGGCUAUUUACCUAUAUACGUGAUCAGUUUAUCUAUAGACGAUACAGGACAUUUUGAGCAAUGGACAUAAUAUGUGCAGGAGAACUGUGGUGUUACGAGACUGAAAUAGUCUCUGGCAAAGAAAGACUGAAUGAGUAUGUUAGUUUCCGAAAAUGCUGCAUUGCUAAUGUAUCUUCGUGUGAAAUCUAUUUUAACCAAAUUCUCCAAGCCUCCAACCAAGAACAAAAGAAAUUUAUUAAGAAAGAAAAUCACUAUACGAGAUUCUGAGACGUAGAAAUACUUCAAUGAAUUCGUCUACACAAACAUACGUGUGGCUUGAGUAUAUGACUUUUUAUCGUGACAAAGCUUGCUUAAAGUAUUUCCUACAUACAACUGUUACUUUUAAAUGUGAAGACUUAUAACAUUAAUUAUGUAACAUGACUACUUCAAUAUUACUUGCCAUGUAUGUAAGUUAAAGACUGUGAAAAAUAUUUCAGAAUAAAAUCUUCUAUCAUAGAA